AUGCUGGCGGGGAUCAAAACGAAGGAAGCUGUGCGUCGGUCCUUCCUCUCGAGCUUUCUGGCCCUGGGCGGAUGCAAUUCCGCGGCGCUUACUUAUAGUCACCCUCCACUGCCACACGCCCGACGCGGACGCUCCGACCGUCCACCCACAACCAUGUCGAGUCAUGCGCGUCUUCUGCUCGCUCUCUCCGUCGUCGCUGGCGUGCUCGGCCAGCAGGAGUUCACGUGGGGCUUUACUUCUUCGGUGUCGAUGUCUCUGGCGCUCUGCGACUCCCUCCCCAUUGCCAUCGAGCAGACCCCUCCACCCGCAGGCAAGCCUGGGGUUCCCCCGUUUUACAUGAUCUCCCUGGCUGCGGGCUCGACGCCAAUGACUUCGCCCAUUGGGACAAACGCCAGUGCUCUCUCGUGGACAGUGAGACAUCCUGUCGGCACCCAAUUGAUUUUGGAGGUUGUCGAUUCACAAGGGACGAGUGCUGGAAUUGAUAUCUUCGCUUACACGGUCAUUGCGGGGUCAAGUAAUGCCUGCCUUCCACCGCCAGACAAGGGCCCGCCAUUUACAGCAUCCUCCACGACUCCCAAUGGUGCAACAAUAAAUACUUGCGACCCAUGGAAUAUCUUCGUCAACGGGGGGAAGCCACCGUAUACAGUCACCAUUGGGCAGCUUAAUACGGCAUUCGCGACAAAUUCUACUAUGGGCCCGGCGGACACGGUCCUUCAGUAUAUCAAUCGUGGAAACCCGGGGUCGCAGAUGAUUGCGGGUGUCAGCGACUCAACGGGGCGAUGGGCAACCGGAAGUCCAUUCGUCAAAACGAGUGGAUCGACGGACCUGAACUGUACUGGUCUUGGAACUGUUUCCGGCACGAAUGCGACGAUUCCGGGGCUAGGAAUUUCCAGUUCGCUUCGGCCACCGUCGAGUCCGCAAACUACUUCCUCCUCUACGAAUCUUUCGCGGAUAACGACGUUUCCAUCGUCCACUAUCCAAUCUUCUUCUCUUUCUCCUUCUCCGUCUCCGUCUACGGCACCGGCGUCAAGUCAUAACAACGAUUCCUGGCGGACUCCCACGAUCGUCGGAGCCUCGCUUGGAGGCACCGUGGUCCUUAUCCUGUCGCUCGCCCUCUGUCUCGCUCACAAGCACAUGCGACGCCAGAAGAUCCAGUCAGAACUCGACCCAUACCCACUCGUGCCCCCGCUCCUCAUUCCUAUGCGCUCAUCCCCGAGCUCCAUCAACCUCGGCGGGAACUCGCCCCAUGUGGAGGCGCCCGUGACGCCGUUCCUGCUCGCAGAGAGCGGGGCGCGGUGGAGUAAAGCGAUGUCGAUGCCCAUGAGUGUGUCACGGGCGUCGACGUCGUAUGGGGGCCACAGCCACAGCCCGAGCACGAGCGGCCAGACGUCGCCGAGCGCGAGCAGCCCCGGCGCGGUAAUCCACAUGCAGGAGCUGCCGCCUCCAUAUGUCUUGCCGCAGCCGAGACCGGACUCGAUGGGCGAGGGGAGCUCCAGCGUGGAUGUGCAGCUGGGAGGGAGUAGUAGAAAACCUACAGGUCCUUCGGAGUAG